GCUGACAGGAGCCUCUGUUUUUCUUUCUAACAAUCAACAAGAAUUUUGGAUCUUUUUCACAACGUAGCAGUCUCUGAAUAAACAGCACAUCGUGAAGUCAUGGAGGCAGCGUCUUGUUUCCUGCCUGAGGACCAGUUCCUGUGCUCCAUCUGUCUGGAUGUGUUCACUCAUCCUGUCACCAUACCAUGUGGACACAACUUCUGCAAAGACUGCAUCUCUGAACACUGGAGUACCAAAGACCAGUGCCUGUGUCCCAUGUGUAAGAAGGUUUUCAGCUCAAAGCCCGAUCUGUACAUCAACACCUUCAUCUCUGAGAUGGUCGCUCAGUUCAGAGACAAAGCUCAGCAGGAAGCCAGCAGCAGCAGCUCAGAGCAACAAGAGUCCAAACCAGGAGAAGUCCUCUGUGACAUCUGCACUGGGACCAAACUGAAGGCCCUGAAGUCCUGCUUAGACUGUCUGGUGUCCUACUGUGAGACUCACCUGGAGCUUCACCUGACAGCUCCACGUCUGAAAAGACACCAGCUGAUCGACGCCGUGGAGAACCUGGAGGACAGGAUGUGUCCGAAGCACGAUAAACCUCUGGAGCUGUUCUGUAAGACCGAUCAGACGUGUGUCUGCGUCCUCUGCUCUGUUUUAGACCACAAGACCCACGAGUUUGUUCCUCUGGGAGAAGAAUAUGAAGACAAGAAGGCCGAGCUGGAGGAGACGGACGCUGAAAUCCAGGAGAUGAUCCAGAACAGACGAGUGAAGAUUCAGGAGAUCAAACUCUCAGCUGACCUCGGUAAGAGAAAUCCAGACAGAGAGAUGGCAGAAGGUGUUCGAGUCUUCACCGCUCUGAAGGAGUCUGUUGAGAGAGGCCAGGCCGAGCUCAUGGACUCCAUCAAAGAGAAGCAGAAAACAGCAGAGCAACAGGACCAAGACUUCAUCCACCAGCUGGAAGAGGAGAUCUCUGAGCUGAAGAAGAGAAGCUCUGAAGUGAAGCAGCUCUCAGGCUCUGAAGACCACCUCCAUCUUCUCCAGAGAGUCCAGUCCCUGAACAUCAACCACCCACCACCAACCAAAGACUGGACACAGGUUAAUGUCUGUCCAACUUCACAUUGGGGGACUGUGGUGGGAGCUGCUGCUCAGCUGGAGGAGACUCUCAGAAAGGAGAUGAAGAAGCUGCUUCAAGCUGAGCUGAGAGCUGCUGCUCAGCUGGGGGAGGCUCUCAGAGAGGAGAUGAGGAAGCUGCUUCAAGCUAAGCUGAGAGCUGCUGUUCAGCAGGAGGAGACUCUCAUAGGACGGAUGAAGAAGCUGCUGGCUCAAACUGAGCUGAAGAGAGUCCAGCAGUACGCAGCAGAUGUGACUCUUGAUCCUGAUACAGCACAUCCCAAACUCAUCCUGUCUGAUGAUGGGAAACAAGUUAGGGAUAGUGAUGUGUGGAAGAAUCUCCCAAACAACCCAGAGAGGUUUUCUCCUUGUGUUUAUGUUUUAGGAAAGCAGAGUUUCUCUUCAGGCAGAUUUUACUUCGAGGUUCAGGUUCAAGGAAAAACUGAAUGGACUUUCGGAGUGGCAAGAGAGUCGAUCGACAGGAAGGGACUGAUCACAGCGAGGCCUCAGUUUGGUUUCUGGUCAUUAUGUUUGAGAAAUGGAAAAGAGUAUAAAGCUCUUGAUAACCCUCCAGUCCUUCUCUCUCUGAGGUCUCAACCUGAGAAGGUGGGGGUGUUCGUGGAUUAUGAGGAGGGUCUGGUCUCCUUUCAUGACGUAGACUCUGCAGCUCUUAUCUACUCCUUCACUGGCUGCUCCUUCACCAGCAAACUCCACCCUUACUUCGGUCCUUCUCUAAACUACAAAGGUAAAAACUCCGCCCCUCUGAUCAUUACUCCUGUCAAUCGGGAGAGAAAAGCGGCCUUUCAAGAUCCCACUUUGAAAAAAGAUUAAUGACACAACAGCUUCCCUAAAGGUGAGGGCAAAACCUUAAGAGCUCCCCAUAGUGACUGGCUGUAGUAGAGGUCAUGGGUUAUUAGUUAAGUCUGAAUUAGCAAUUUGAUGCAAGAAAAAGAGGUAUAAAGUAGGAGAGAGAGUCGACCAAUAAAGGGUCUAUUUUAGAUCCAAAUCUUCUUCAGG